GCUGCCCCGCGGCCAGGCGGCUUCCUUGUCCAAGCCGCCGUCAGCCUCAGCUUCCCCCAGGAAGGUGCUACGUCUGAACUCAGCACCGGAUGGAAGCGAAGUCUUUUCGGGGACUGCCCCUCGGGACGUGUGCGGCCCCAGGAGUGCGUUACACCCCUUCCCAAGGUCGCGAGGACAGCGCAGGCGAGGUCACCAAGCGAACGUGCAUUCGGCUACGCCGCGCACUCAUGCCCUUUCACCCUUGUUCCUUUAUACCUUCUGUUUUGGCUCUUCUGCCCUUUCCUGGCCCCGCCCACGGCUAUCUCGGUGGGCGGGGCCAGACGGGCUCAGACCCUCUCGCGCCCCGGGGAGCCCUGCAGUUUCUGUUCUGCGCUGUACGGGAGAGUGAGUAGCCCACGACCACGGGUCAACAUGGCAGCGUUGUGUAGGCGCAGCUGCGGGAUCCUGAGAAGUCUUUCUCGUUUUGACUGGAGAUCACAACAUACAAAAGCUGCACUACAACAUGAUCCACGAUUGGGAUUUAGUUUUGAAAUCACUGAACAGCAAAAAGAAUUUCAAGCUACUGCUCGUAAAUUUGCCAGGGAAGAAAUAAUCCCAGUUGCUGCAGAAUAUGAUAAAACUGGCGAGUACCCUGUUCCCCUAAUUAAAAGAGCCUGGGAACUUGGUUUAAUGAAUACACACAUUCCAGAGCAUUGUGGAGGUCUUGGACUUGGAACUUUUGAUUCCUGUUUAAUUACUGAAGAAUUGGCUUAUGGGUGUACAGGAGUUCAGACUGCUAUUGAAGCAAAUUCUUUGGGGCAAAUGCCUGUUAUUAUUGCUGGAAAUGAUCAACAACAGAAGAAGUAUUUGGGGAGGAUGACUGAGGAGCCUUUGAUGUGUGCCUACUGUGUAACAGAACCUGGAGCAGGCUCUGAUGUAGCUGGUAUAAAGACCAAAGCAGAAAAAAAAGGAGAUGAGUAUAUUAUUAAUGGUCAGAAGAUGUGGAUAACCAAUGGAGGAAAAGCUAAUUGGUAUUUUUUAUUGGCUCGUUCUGAUCCGGAUCCUAAGACUCCUGCCAGUAAAGCCUUUACUGGAUUUAUUGUGGACGCAGAUACCCCAGGAGUGCAGCCUGGAAGAAAGGAAUUAAAUAUGGGCCAGCGAUGUUCAGAUACAAGAGGAAUUGUCUUUGAAGAUGUGAAAGUGCCUAAAGAAAAUGUUUUAAUUGGUGAGGGAGCUGGUUUCAAAAUUGCAAUGGGAGCUUUUGAUAAAACCAGACCUCCAGUAGCAGCUGGUGCUGUGGGACUAGCACAGAGAGCUUUGGAUGAAGCUACCAAAUAUGCCCUGGAGAGGAAAACUUUUGGAAGGCUGCUUGUAGAGCACCAAGGAGUAUCAUUUUUGUUGGCUGAAAUGGCGAUGAAAGUUGAAUUAGCGAGAUUAGGUUACCAGAGAGCAGCUUGGGAGGUUGAUUCUGGUCGUCGAAAUACCUAUUAUGCCUCCAUUGCAAAGGCAUUUGCUGGAGAUAUUGCAAAUCAGUUAGCUAGUGAUGCUGUGCAGAUUUUCGGAGGCAAUGGAUUUAAUACAGAAUACCCUGUAGAAAAACUAAUGAGGGAUGCCAAGAUCUAUCAGAUUUAUGAAGGCACAGCACAAAUUCAAAGGCUUAUUAUAGCCCGUGAACACAUUGGUAGGUAUAAAAAUUAACAAGAUUGCUGUAGAAACAUGAUUAAUUUUUGAGUAAAUAGAACUUUAUCCACUAUUUAAGCUGAACGUUAUCAGUUUUAAGCAGAAAAGAGUAAGGGCUUUAAGAUUUUUUUCCAAUGAAAACUUUAAAAUAAGUACUCUUACACUAAACAUCUGCAACUAAUUCUAAUAGUAGUUUUCUACCUUUGUUUAACUUUAUGACUUGCCUUUUCUCAAGUAGAUUUGGUUUCAUUAAAAUUAUGUGUUGUCUUCAGUACCACUGUACUUCAAUUAUAUUAACCCAGAAAAAUACAUAUGUUUUGUUAUUUUGACCUCUUAAAAUUAACAGAAAUCACUUGGAAUUUCAAUAUUUUUCCAAUGGCAGAAAAGUGAGCUUAUAAAAACGUAUUCAGGAUGUUCUAAAAUUUACAUUGUGAGAACAUAUUGUAAGAUUUGGGUGCCAUCAAAUAACUUGCCAGUGACUUUGUAAACUUGAUACUGUAUUAGAGGAGUUCAUUUUGCUACAAUUUGGAAAGCAUUUCUUUUCAAUUUUGUAUACAGUGAUAGUAAAAAAAUUGAUGUUCAUAUUUUCCCAUUAUACAACAACCAGAAGUUACUUGAAAAUCUUGUUUAAUUCUACUGUUUACUUGCCUUACUUAAAAUAAAUGAAUUUUGCCUUAAAUGAUUUUUAUAUGAUUCUGUUGGUCUCUGGGUAGCCUUUGGUCUAUUGUACACAAUUUCAUUUCCUGUGCAUAUGUUCUGAAAAGAAACUUAAAUAAAAUUGUUCAAUGCUUA